AGAAGUUCCGUUGCCACGUACUUAAAAAGGGGCAAACUCCUUUCAAGAGGUUUCACACCUCUGAAGACCACGGCAACCGUAGCCAUGAAGCCCCUCUCUGCUCUACUGUCAUUUCUUACUAUGCUGCUUUGCUACGCUGCUUUGGGAAAAGCGAGCGGCCCUGUUGUCUCCUGCUGCCUGAAGACCAGCGGUACGAGGGUGAAGUUGCACUUGCUGCAGUCCUACCAGCUUCAGAACGGGGUCAUGUGUCACGGGCUGAACGCAGUCAGAUUUACCACUGUCAGAGGAGUCACCAUCUGUUCGGACCCUUCAAUGCAUUGGGCCAGAAGAGCCGUGUCUUACCUUCAAAAGAAGCACAAGUCUCAAUCCAGGAACCAUGUCUCUUCGUGGGACUCAAAGACGCUCAAGCCAACCAUGCCUGAGAACUCAGCCUCCAGUGCCAAACUGGUUUCACACUGAUUACUACCUUUUGGACACUAAAUUCAUUUCUUAUCUUGGACAAAUGUUUGGUCUUUGGUCACAUUUACUGGAACGUGACUUUUUCUUUGUUUGUUACUGAAAUGGCUACUUUACAGAUGUUCCUGUUUCUCUGUGAUGUGCUUAUAAAGGGAUUGUACAAAGUAAUGCUGAUAUUUGUUAUUUCGAUUGCAAAUAAA